CCAGCGAACCAAUAAUAUAGAUGCAAACUCACUUCAAUACAUUGAGAUCUCGUAGUACAGUUUUAGCCACAAUGAUUCUGCAACUUAUACCAUUUUCUAUAAUCGUUUUGAUAAUAUUCCCUCUGGCAUCGGAAACAUAUCAGAUUAUAGCAAAACCUGGUUGUAAUUCAACAUGUGGAGAAGUUUCCAUCCCUUACCCUUUUGGGAUGAAAGAUCCCGAAUGCUACGCCGACGGGUGGUUUGAAAUAGAAUGCAAAGACACUUCUCAAGGUCAAAAACCCUACCUGAAGUCUUUAAAUCUCCAAGUGACAUCCAUCAGUGAGUUCCCAGGCUUGGUUACAAUCAUGAAUCCAAUUUACCGUUGGAACUGCCCAAGCAAAAGAGCAAUGCCAGCAAUAAAAGACCUGAGAGGAAGCCCUUUCGUGUAUUCCCAGGAGUCGAACAAAUUCGUUGCCGUUGGUUGCAACAACCUUGCCUUUUUGAAGUCCGGUGGGGAUACUGUCGGUGGUUGUGUGUCCAUUUGCGACAACAAUGAAGAAUUCAAAAACAUGGACUUCAUUAGCAGUGAUGGUUGCCAUGGCAGGUACUGCUGCGAGACUUCACUGCCAAACUAUCUUUCAGAAUAUAAUGCAACACUGCAAGAUUUUAACAACCAGAACAGUAGUGUUGAGAGUCAUCAGUGUAGUUCUGCAUUUAUUGUAAACAAGUACUGGUCCCAGCGAUACUAUAUGCCUCAUUUAAACAACAUGGACUAUGUUGAUGCGGUGCUUGAGUGGGAGAUUUUGAACAACACACUUUCCGAUUCUGUCCUUCAAUUUCUUUCAGAUCAUGCAAGAUGUCAUGGAUCUAAUGUCACAUCUUCGUUUACCAGAGUCUCAGGUUAUACAUGUAGAUGCAUCCAAGGUUACCAGGGCAAUCCCUACGUUCGUGGAGGCUGCACCGCCUUGCCAGAUUACAAUAAAAAUCUAACGAAGAAGUGGGCUAUAGUAGGUGUUUCGUCAAGCCUGGGAUCUAUCAUUUUGCUUCUUUGUCUAUGGUUGUUGUAUAAAGUGGUAAGGAAGAGAAUGAUAAAGAAACGCAAACAAAAGUUCUUCAAAAAGAAUGGUGGUUUGUUGUUACAGCAAAGAAUGUCAUCUAAUGAAGUUAAUGUAGACAGAGCUAUUCUGUUCAGCUUAAAGGAUUUAGAGAAAGCCACUGACCGCUUUAACAUGAACAGAAUUCUUGGGAAGGGAGGCCAAGGUACUGUUUACAAAGGCAUGCUAGUAGAUGGUAAAAUUGUUGCAGUGAAAAAGUUUAAGGUGGAAGGAAAUGUUGAAGAAUUCAUCAACGAGUUUGUCAUUCUUUCACAAAUUAACAAUAGAAAUGUGGUCAAGCUGUUAGGAUGUUGUUUGGAGACAGAAAUUCCUUUGCUGGUUUAUGAAUUCAUUCCUAAUGGUAACCUUUUUCAAUAUUUACAUGAUCAAAACGAGGACUUACCAAUGACAUGGGAUUUGCGUUUGAGAAUUGCAACAGAAAUUGCAGGAGCACUGUUUUACUUGCACUCAGUUGCAUCUCAACCCAUUUAUCACAGAGACAUCAAAUCCACAAAUAUACUAUUGGAUGAAAAGUAUAGAGCAAAAAUUGCAGACUUUGGAGCAUCCAGAAUAAUUUCCAUUGAAGAUACUCAUCUCACCACAGUCGUUCAAGGUACUUUUGGAUACUUGGAUCCUGAAUAUUUUCACACUAGUCAAUUUACAGAAAAAAGUGAUGUCUACAGUUUUGGAGUAGUUCUUGCUGAACUUUUAACAGGUCAAAAACCAAUAUCCUCAGUGAGAACCGCGGAAUCCAAGAAUUUAGCCUCAUAUUUUGUUCAGUGUAUGGAGGAGGAUAAUCUUUUUGACAUUAUCGACAAAAGAGUUGUGAAGGAAGCAGAGAAGGGAAAAAUCACUGCAGUUGCUAAUCUUGUAAAUAGAUGUUUAGAGUUGAAUGGGAAAAAACGUCCAACUAUGAAAGAAGUUACAUUUGAAUUAGAAAGGAUCCAGAGAUUGGAUAAGAAAUCUAAUGCAGAGCAAAACCGUGAAGAAAUUGAGCUUGCUAGAAUUGAAGAUUAUCAACCUUGGGUUGGAUAUUCUAUAUCAAAUUCGUUGGCAACUCUUGGCAGUGAAUCAAUCUCAUCAGACUCGGAGGUCAUACCUAUUGUUACAUUAUAAUUAAUAAUUGGUGAAUUUUCUUAAUUUGUUGUCCAUGCGGAAUCAAUAUGGUGUAGGACUCAUCAAUCGUGCAUGAGGGUCCCUCUCAUACCCUGAAGCUUGCAUACUGCCUUCUACUUAUUGUUUUUCCUCUUCUUUGUAUUGAUUAUUGAAGCAUAAAUAUAUUUUGUACGAGAGAAUUGGAAUAAGUUCUGGGAAUCAGAAAAAGACUAAAAGUUCACUGGAGUUUAAUUUCCUUUAUUUUCCUAUCAUGUUUAAAGGGGGCAUUGUUCAUUUCCUGUACACUAGGCAUAUACCUUGGCCAGCAUUUCUUGAUAAAUUGUCCAAUUGCACAUUUGGUAUAGUGUCUAGCACUCAUUCCUUUGUUAUA